CUGUAAUGUAUUUGAGAUCCAAAAAUUAGAAAUCCAAAAAUUAAAACUGCGUCCGGCUCCUCGUGAUGUUGACCUCCCCUUGCUUGCGGUUCUGCUGGAUUAAUGCUGGAUUAAUGCUGGCUACUGUAUACAUACAUACACAUUUGCAGACGCACCAGCCACAGAGGACCAUUGACAUUUAGAAGUAAGGCAGGGCUACGUCACUUCAUAAAUUAAUGGAUCUAUGGACAGGCUGGUACGCUAGUCUCGUUGAGGUAGCUCUCACGGCCAUCCUUGAUAGUGGACAGGCUAGAACAAGGAUUAAUCGGCUCGUCCUAACAGUCAGGAAAGAGGCAGUCCCAAUAGAUACGCUGAUAGAAUUAUUAGGUGAUCACGAUGACUCGAUUAACUGGAAAACUGAUUGGCCGGAGAAGUGUGAUUGCAACGUGCUAAGUGCAGAAUCCGUCUGGCACUAUCGAUUUUAUCCACCCGAUCCGGGGGUUUAUAAAAUGGACGAAAGAAUGCGGAGCCUGAUUCGCAGGAGUUUUUUUCUCCAAUAUUUUCUAAUUUGAUAGCAUGUCUAAACUCCUUCCUGUUUGGGUUAGCUGGUUGUUGCCCUGCGUGUUUGUGUCGUGUUGCACCUGGUAAGCCGGCCAGAGUCUUGUACGAGGCUGGU